AGGAUACGCGAAGUCAGGGUUUUUCAUAAAAAAAUGUGGAGCAGAGCAGGCUCGAGGUGGAUAUGCAACAUGCGCCGGCGGUUGUUCACCGGCGGCGCACCGAGCCGGAUAUUCGACGAAGGCGAUUGGCUUUACUCACCCGAGUGGUGGGGAUCAGAAUCCGAAUCCGAAUCCAAUGGAAACACCGUCUUCCGCUCCGUCUCCGAUAAAGGGAAUGGCGUCGUCUCCGUCCUCGCUUACCCUUCUUCUAGGCCCGACAAAGUUCAUUGGGCAGAAACAGAGAAAUGGCUUCAGCAAAGGUACGAAGAGAUAUAUCCAGGUUAUGAACAGAGUGGGAAUUUUAAGAUACUUGGAUAUCAAUGGCGUGUUCUUCGUUUUAACGAUCAUACUCGCCAAAGUACAGCUAAAAUAAUGGCUGCUUAUCGGGAUACUGAACCUGGCUCUAUAUGUAUUAUGCAGCAACCUCAAUGCCUGGCUAUGCCAUAUGUUAAAAGCAUGUUGUCACUUGGGCUGUCUACUAUUGCAUCUUCUAACUAUGAUCUAAUGGCGGCAGUACACGGGAAGAAAAGGAUGCACAUUUUAUGCAUCGGGCAUGGCGGGGGGAGCUUGCCGUUGUUUCUGGCUAGUAAAAUUCAAGGUGCCGUGAUCCAUGUUGUCGAAAUUGACCCUGUUGUUAUCUCAGCGUCUGUGCAAGCAAUGGGCUUUCCACCCUCCUCAGUCAUGACACCAUCAGGCAGUCGCGCCUUGUUAGAAUCCAAUAUCAUCAACGAAGUAAUGUGGAAGGGCAUCCACGAGAGGCUCUACCUCUACGAAGCAGAUGCCGAGAAGUACAUUGUAGAGAACAACAAUCUGUAUGAUAUCAUCUUCAUCGAUGCUUACGACGGUGAUGACAUCUUCCCUAACAAACUGUGGGAUCCACAGUCCCCAUUUCUCAAUUCUCUCAGUGAUCGUCUCCAUCCAGAACACGGCACCGUAGUGGUGAACCUCCAUGCAGACUCCGAUAUUUCAAACCCCGACGAGUCUGUUUCGUACGUGUACCAGCAACCUCUGCCAUUGGGAAAGUAUGUCUCUAGCGUUUGCAAAGCAUACAAAGACGUCCUCAUCGGAAGUGAGUGCAUGAGCUAUUGGAAAUCCGGGUGUGGUUUAGGGUUAACCAUAUCAGUACCUUUGGUGUGCAACACAUCAUUAGUUGUGAGCAGAGGAUUUGGGAGGAGUAGCGGAUUUGUUAACAGGGAAAUGGUAAUGAAUACCCUCGUAUCCAAUUCUGGUAAAGUAGAUCAUAUGUUAAACUUACCAUUCUCAUGCUUACAGUAUAUAAAGAGAGAUCUUACACUUAUUUACUAAUGUUUCAGUUUCAUUGAUGAAGUUGUGUAUUUUUUUUUUGACAGAAUUGUGUAAUAUCUUUGAUG